CCCUCGUGUCUCCCAGCAAAGCGACACUCAGCAGCAGUAGCAGCGGAGGAGGAGGAGGACUAUCACGAGAAGGAGAAGAGACGAGCACAUCCCAAAGUUUGAGGCUGCAGCUGUCCGGACACCGCGGACACACGUACGGGACACCUUAUCAGGUGGCGAGUUAAAAGGAGCUGCACCGGUUGCUCGGCUUAAACCAGGAACAUCUGAUGACGUCACGUCUGGUAACGACCCUCUGUCAUGUCUGCUGAAGACGGUGGAACAGCACGAUGAACAGAUUCUGCAUUCAAUAGACAGAAGAUCAAACUGGAUGAAGUCAUUUUUUGUUAAUGGCAGUUUAAUAACUACAAACUCACCCUCUCAGAACUUUCAAACUCAUUCUCUACUGCUCCCUGCAGCUCUGCUUGUCAAAAGAUCAUCCCAACUUAUUUGAACACUUGACAGCUUUGACCCAAUUAUCACACUCCUGUGAGCAAAAGGGAAAAUAUCUAGCAGGCAAUAUCAGCAGAGGUGAUGCUCUGUUUUAUAUGCCAUUGAUCCACUGACCUCCUGAUCUAAUUAGCCACACACAAAAACACCCACACGUGUGCACACAACACACACCUGCUGUUGCUGGCCUCUGCAGAUGCUUUAAAUAGCCUUGUGUUUGUAACACACAGACUGGCUCACACUCUUAAGACAGCUAUACCCAAUUGGGUGUUGGAAGUACAUCUGUGCACUAUUAACUCCCACAGAGAACACUGACCUUGACUGCGAUCUGGACACGUGUUUCUGUGUUUGCAUUAGCAGGAGGCAGUGUCGCAUCCUGUCUGCUCUGACUGAGAGUGAGAAUGAGAGAGCUGAUGUGGCAGAGUGGCCCUAAUAAAUACUCUAAAAACAUUACCGCCUGAGGGUCGGCUACUCAAAUAAGAAAGCCAUAGAGCCUCAUUACACUGUUUAGUUAGUUCCUCAAAACACGUGACACUAAAGCAUAGUCCAUAUUAAUUGAAAAGUGUGUGUGUGUGUGUGUGUGUGUGCAUGUGUGUCUGUCACAUUGUCAGAACAGAUUAGGGCCAGGCCUUUUUGGGUCAUGUCACCUUGACUGACCUACAUUUCACUAAAUAAACUGGCCAGCAGAGGAAGAUGAUUCCUGCCCUGAUCGGAAUACACACUUAUCUUGGACAAAUACAUCACACUCUCUCACCUGGCGAGUGCUCUGCAGCUAUUACUUGUUAAUUACCUGCUAACUCAGGCUACCUAACUUCUUCUUUAGGUCACAUGCCGUUCACCCAACAAACAGGGUCUGCAAUAUAAAACGUGUAAGCUGCCUUCUUAUUAAGCCUUGUAAUCAAACUCCAUUUUGGCCUUUCCUUCUGCACCACACCUCAUGAACACCUUCCCUUCUUUCUCCAUACCUCCUCCCAAUACACCACCCAUCCAUUCAGUGUGUAAGCCCUGCCUUCGGGCCUCGUGGAGGAUGAACAAUGUGCCCACACUUGAUUACGAGUUGCUGCUGUCCCCGGCCAGCUCCUCACUCCCCAGCAGCCCUGGCGGUGGCAGCAGCAGCCCCCCUCUGACCUUGAUUGGGGUGGACAAUGAGCAGCGCACUGCCUUGGCCUUCGUAGGCCUCCUCAUGCUCUUCCUGGUCUUCCUGCUGGUCAGGUGCUUCAGGAUCCUGCUGGACCCCUACAGCCGCAUGCCUGCAUCAUCCUGGACUGACCACAAGGAGGGGUUGGAGAGGGGCCAGUUUGAUUAUGCACUGGUGUAGGGUGAUGUGUAACAAGGGGGUGAAAAGGGGAUUAUUUCAUUGCAUAUAGGCAGAAUCAUUAAGAGCACUGACUAAUUAAGAUGUGGAAAUGGACUGCAUCAAUAUAUAAUAUUGUGAAUGCAGUAUAAGGGGGUUCGUUGAAGUAUGCCCAGUUUAUAUCACAUAUUUCAGCCUGUGUGCUGCUAUAAAUAUGAGGCUGCAGGAUGCAAUGUAACCAUAACAAGUCUGGUUCAACAACAGACAGACAACUGGAAUCCCUGUAAGCCAUGUUGGACCUUGAAGGACAGAAAUAAUGAGCUGCACUUCUGCCUUAAUCUGACCUACUGUACUAGUCGAACAAGCUACCACAUCACAACAUCACUUUAGGGCUAGGUUUUCCAAACUCCAGAGCUUGUCAGUAUGAAAACACAAUAUGACUUUGGGAAGACCACAUUCACUCACGACAUUGCUUCUAACCUCAAAGCUACAUUUCUGAUGAGCACGCUUCGACAUGCAGAACACAAGCAGAACUUAAAUGAAGGAGUUUACGCAAAAGCAGAUGCCCCUUUAAUGAACCAAUGGCCGUUGUUAAACCUCCAAGUGUUAAAGUGCUGGUCAAGGAGCACAAAUCCUCAAAUUUAUUUUAGAUUUUGGACACUGAUCCUCGAGCAGCACUGUAGUUUCAGAUGCUUUUUAAGUCCCAAGCAGGUAGUUUGUGUCUCCAUAAAAGUUUGUCCGUGUAUGUUUUGUGUGUUACUGUGUCUAUAACUGAGAAGCCAUAUUGAAACUAUAUAAUCAUUUAUUACUGCAAGUAGUGUUUACGUUCACUGGUUGUGUCCUUUGCUUUAGUCAGCCUGACAAGUGUGGUUAUGAAGCAGCAACCUUUAGGCAAAAGAAAGCUUUAUUUUUCUAUUCCUGACUCAAGUUUGGGAGUCACCUUUUUGCUAUCUUUCUGUCCUUCUCCUCUUACUGUAUCAAUCUUCAGACUGUGGACUUUUGAGGUAGUCAUGCAGCCACGUUUUAGAAGGAGGCAAAGCAGGUAGCUUUGCUUUUUUGGUGUGUUUUUUAAUUAAAUAUUUUUCUGGCUAUCUGCUUUGUUUUUGAUACACUGGGUUGAAUCAAUGAAAAUAAAAAAAGGAUUUUCUUCCUCAAUUAUUCUUCCUACUUUCCACUGAUAGAUGGGCUGUGUGGAAAGUCCACAUUGUUCAUGCUGGAAAUGAAAUAAAAUGAUUGCUACUUA